AUGGCUUGGCAGAGCUGGCCCGCGCCUUGGCUGUGGGUCUCCGGCUGCGGGUUUCUGUUCUUCGCCUUCGUGCUGCUCCUGAGUCCCCGCGGCUGCCAAGCGCGGCGGGGCUUCCACGGCCUGCUCAUGACGCGCAGCCAGCGGCUGCUCUUCCGAAUCGGGUACAGCCUGUACACCCGGACCUGGCUUGGGUACCUCUUCUACCGACAGCAGCUUCGGAGGGCUCGGAAUCGCUACCCCAAAGGCCAUUCCAAAACUCAGCCCCGCCUCUUCAAUGGAGUGAAGGUGCUCCCUAUCCCUGUCCUCUCCGACAACUACAGCUACCUCAUCAUCGACACCCAAGCCGGGCUGGCUGUGGCUGUGGACCCCUCAGACCCGAGGGCUGUGCAGGCUACCAUUGAAAAGGAAAGAGUUAACUUGGUUGCCAUUCUCUGCACCCACAAACACUGGGACCACAGUGGAGGGAACCGUGACCUCAGCCGGCGGCACAGGGACUGUCGGGUGUACGGGAGCCCUCAGGAUGGCAUCCCCUACCUCACCCACCCCCUGUGUCAUCAAGAUGUGGUGAGUGUGGGACGGCUUCAGAUCCGGGCCCUGGCCACCCCUGGCCACACUCAAGGCCAUCUGGUCUACCUGCUGGAUGGGGAGCCCUACAAAGGUCCUUCCUGCCUCUUCUCAGGGGACCUGCUCUUCCUCUCUGGCUGUGGACGGACCUUUGAAGGCACAGCAGAGACCAUGCUGAGCUCACUGGACACUGUGUUAGACCUGGGGGAUGAUACACUGCUGUGGCCUGGACAUGAAUACGCAGAAGAGAACCUGGGCUUUGCAGGCGUGGUGGAGCCCGAGAAUCUGGCCCGUGAGAGGAAGAUGCAGUGGGUGCAGAGACAGCGGAUGGAACGCAAGAGCACCUGCCCAUCCACCCUGGGAGAGGAGCGCGCCUACAACCCAUUCCUGAGAACCCAUUGCCUGGCACUACAGGAAGCUCUGGGGCCGGGGCCGGGCCCCACCAGUGACGACAACUACUCCCGGGCCCAGCUCCUGGAGGAGCUGCGCCGGCUGAAGGACAUGCACAAGAGCAAGUGAUACCCCCAGCCCACCCCGGUCCAGGCUGUCCCCGCAGAGGGGAAGCCACCCACCACCCACACCUCGCCAUCCUUCGCCAUCACGAAUACCACCGCCGCCGCCG